AUGACCUUGGCAAAGGGCCUUUAUUAUCAUCGCUCAGUCUGUGAGCUGCUCCGGAAGAAAUUGAAGAUUUUACUGUCUGUGUUUGCACCGCACCGCGAACGGCUUUUCUCGAUCUCUGAAAACAUCCUCUUCUCCAAACAAUUCCGCAGAGCAUCCAGCACAGCUGCAUCUUUUCGCUCCGGUGUGAGAGUGAUUGACCCUUCGCCAGUUCCGCCUCUGUGCGUGUGGCUACAGCAAGUCAAGGAUUCUUCUUCGUCUCAGGCUGGCCGAGUGGGGCAGCGCUGUUCCUUUGUGAUGGCGAAAAGUGGAGUGGAUGAACUGGUGGUUCAACUGAACCAAACACUGGAUUUAUCAACCAUGGAGCAGGGUGUUAAAUUGGUUGGGAAAGUCCUAACGCCAAAACCAUUGAACAAGUGGGGAGUCAGGAAUAUUCUCAGAGCGGCUUGGAAAGAAUUGGGUGAGGUGGAAAUAAAAUGGGUAAGGGAGAAUGUCUUUAUUAUUUCGGUCAAAGAUGAAAAUGUAGCCUCAAAAAUCCUUGAGCAGGUUCCCUGGGCAGUGAUGAAAAAGGUGUUCUCUGUCGUGAAAUGGCCUCCGGAGCUCGCUUUGGAGGAGCUGGAGCUGGAUGAUGUUCCAUUUUGGGUUCAAAUAAGGGGAAUUCCGCUGGGCUUAGCCUCUAUCGAGAACGUGCAGCGUGUAACCAAAGAGGCUGGGAAAUUUAUAGCCAUGGAGGAUCCCGGACACGCUCGUGGAUUUGUGCGAAUCAGAAUUUUAGUUGAUAUGGAGAAGCCAUUAUUUAAGGGAUGCUGGAUUCGAAGGGACUCAAAUAAGGAAACCUGGGUGGAAUUCCGGUAUGAACGGCUUCAAGAUUUUUGCUACAGGUGUGGACGGAUUGGGCAUAUCAAUACAGAAUGUUCCGUUGAGAUGUCUGGAGAUGGGGAGGUGGCGUAUGGAGAGUGGAUGAAGGCACCGCCGGUAAGGGAGGUGGCGAUAUCGAAGAAAGUGGAGUAUGUGGGCAGGGGGGAACGCCGGCAGGCCGGGGCGGUGCGCGGACCGGGUAUCACGGCUGCACAGAAUCAAAGUAGUUUACGGAUUUCGAAGGCUCAAGGAAUGGAGUGCAAUCAAACCAUGGAGCCAGGGGGAGCAUCAAAGAGUCGUGGCACAGGUCAAAAAAAAUGGCGUAGAAGAAUGCGGGGGGAGGCAGAGGAUACGUCUUCCUGCUCUGAAAUGGAAAGCAUUAAAACAGUGGGUGAAGGAAGGUCGGGCGAGGUCCAGGGGGGCAAUAACUUUCUGUCCGCCCAGGAUGAUGAACCAUUAUGGGGUAGUAAAAGAAGUGGGGAUGCACAGGAUAUGAUGCUAACUCAAGCUCCACAGAAGAAAUUCAAGGGCCCGGAUACGGAAGAGAAUUACCAAGGAAGGGUGGCAGAGACAGGGAGGAGGUUAAAUUGCAAGGAAGGAGACCUAUCGGUGGAACGAGCGGUCCAUACGACGGGUGAAGAUAAGGAAGAAAAAAGUGAGAAUCUUAGAGGACAUGAAAUAAUGGAAGGGGAGUCGGAGAUUGUUAAAGGAAGGAUGGUGACAAAGAAGGCGGGCAAGUUGGCUCGGGGCGGUGGCGGCUGGCCUUCAACAGCCGCAGGCCAGCCAUGA